AUGAAGCCAACACAAGAUAACUCAGGUGUGGACCCCAAAAGACUGACGCUCGAAGAGAAGGUGCACUUGAUUCGGACUGUCAAAGAAGGCCGGCUGAAGAAGAAAGAUAUCACAGAGAAUUUCGGGAUUCCUCCCUCUACACUCUCUACCAUUACACGCAGCAAAGAUAAGGUUUUGAGUGCACAUGAGAAGCGCUUAUUUACAGCAAGUUGCAAGAAGUUGAAGACAGCCAAGCAUGAGGACGUGGAAGCGGCUCUUCUGAGAUGGUUUCCUGAACCAAUCACUGAGGCAUCCAUCAUUUCCGGCAUCAAAGAUUGCUCACAAGAGAGCGAGCCCGGGGAUGAGAGUGAUGGAGAGCAGGAGGCAACGUACAAUGCUCUACCGCCGUCUUUGAGUGAUGCCAAUGAUGCACUGGCGAUGGUGAGAAAAUUCCUCCUCUCGCGAGGGGAGAUGCCAGUCGACUUCGGCUCUCUCCUGAGAUGGUUUCGUGAAGUUCGUGACAGCACCACUCCGGUGUCCAGAACACUGAUGAGAGAAAAAGCUGAUCAACUUGAGAAGGAACUUGGAGUUGAUUUUAGUGUUAGUUGGCUGGAACAAUUCAAGCAUCGUCAUGGCAUCGUGUUCUGA